GAAACUUUUCUUCACCACCCAAAACCUCCCAAAUUUUUUGUUUUCCUAAGGUUUCUCAAGAGCAGGAACAAAUAACAAAACAUAUCUAAUCUAGAUCGAUGGAAUCAUCUUCCAAUCACAUGCGCAGAUAUGUCUUUUGAAGAUAGAAUCUCCUACGCCGGGAUGGAAGAAAUCCUUGGAAAAAUUACUCAAGACAAUUAAUGAUGUGAGUUUCAUGAUCGACAAGCAAAGCAAAACAGUAUAUCUAUCGGGAAAAGUCGACCCACAAAUAAUACUUGAAAAGAUUACAAAAGCAGGCAAAAAAGCGGUUAUAUUAUGGAGCAAUAACGGACAGAGUAAGCAGCCGGAAAAUCGGAAAGACCAUUUGAUGGAACAACGUUAUGCGUCGGGACACAUAAAUGUUCCUGAUGGUUUCUCAAACUAUCAUCCGCCAUACAUGAAUGGUCCUAAUGGUUUCUCAAACUAUCAUCUGCCGGAUUAUUGGAUGAAUCAACCUCAACUAUACAAUCCCACUAUAUGUCCCCCACCACCACCACCGUAUCCACGUCAGGUCCAUCCGCAGCCACCAGCACCACCACCGUACAAAUUCCAUCAGAAAGAACCGGUGGCUAAGAGUUUCCCGCCUACACCAGCUCCGCCUAAAAACUUUACGAUGGGAGAUUUGCAACUAUGCCGGAUAAUGUGAAAACUUUUAGUGUUGCACGAUGUUGUCCUUUUUUCAUUCGUUGAUGUCUGUUUGUGGAUCAUGAGAAAGAUUUAUGUUUAUUAAGGAUCUUAUUAUGAUUUCAAACAAAAUAUUCCAAACUGG